AUGGCUCAUGGAAAAAGGCCAGGAACCAUUUCCAAAAUAUUGGCUCCCAGCCCUCCACCGUGCCCCGGUCUAGGACUCUCUACACAGAGCCAGGAAGAGCAGCGAGGCUUGGUGAGCGAGGCGUCCGAGCAACCACCGUGUACCUUGAAGGAUGAUGACAACGACCAGCUGACUCCUCCUGUUCCUGCAAGCCACUAUUACAUGAGCUGUGACCCUAGUCCUGAGGACAUGGAGGACACCUGCUCUGAGUACGACAACGUGGGCUCUGAUGUGGAGCAGGACUAUGAUGAGGUGCUGCACUUAAACCGAGAGGGCGUAGUGGACACGAGGUACUACAAGCAGUACAGUCCUGAGGAGGGUGGCUAUAUAAAGCAUGCAGUAGGUGAUAAUAUUAAUGAGAACAGCAGCGCUGCUGACCAGUUCGCUCCCAGGCCUCGUCACAGCACAGAAAUAUGUGAGGGAUCACAAUCAGACACUAAGCCUCACAAGACGGGCCAUCGCUUUAGGUCGCAUUGUGCUCCGGCUGCUGGGGAUGAAGCAGAGAGGAAGGUGGAAAAGGGCCAGGAGAACAGGUUCUUCUUCAGUGAUGGAGAUGAGAUAGAAGAGGUGCUGGAUGGAGCCAAAUUUAUAGAGGAUUUAGAGGAGACUGAGACCAGUGUUCAAAGGCAGACUUACCUUUAUCAGGACAAUGACAAUGAACGAAUUAGAAAGGGAGGUGAUGAAAGGGAAAAAGAAGAUGACACUCGAGUCGCAAGAAACCAGAAUAUCCCAGGAGGCGGUAAGAAGUGCGAGGUGUCUCACAUGGGGUCCAAGGAGAAAGAGAGGCAGGGUAAAGGACGAGGGAGGAGGGGACCGGCGGAGGACAUGGAGCAUGUUGUCUCUGGGAUCAAAGGAUGCAGCGUCAAUAGCAAUGAACAGCGUCCAAAGACGGCUUCAAAGGACUGCAAAAAAGUGGCCGUGCGGACCAAAGCUAGGUCUGGUUCCAGUAAGCAACUUCCUCCUCCACCGCCUCGUCAGUCCCAUGCUCAGUCGCCUGCCGACGCCCAGAAGGCCCAGCCUCGUAGAGAGACUCCUCCCGUUCCCAGACCCAGUCCUCCCUCUGCUGCCAGCCGGGAGAGCGAACCCAGGGUUAUCAAACCAUCCCGGGCUCCUCAUCCCACACCGGAACAACAGAGGGAGCCUCUUGAGGAGAGGCAGAGACGGCCAGAGAAACCCCAGCAGGUUGAGAAGCCGAGCACAGCUGUGACACCAGAGGACGUGCCAGAGCAGCCAGGGAGGCCUCAGUGUCCAGAGCUCGUCCCUGCGGAGGAGAGCGACACACCCAAGAAAACACAGGAAGCUGCUGCAUUCCCCAGCUUUGAGGAUGUCCCAGGCCCCUGUGAGCCAGAAGAUCUUAUUGAUGGGAUCAUCUUUGCUGCUAACUACCUUGGCUGCACUCAGGUGUUGUCUGAUAAAAAUCCAUCCAAGUCUGUCCGCAUGUCCCAGGCCCAUGAAGCUGUCAGUCGCAUCAAGAGCCAAGAUGAAGACUCUCAAAUGAUGACAGAGGUGGACCUGUUCAUCUCCACUAAAGCUGUCAAAGUGCUGAAUGCUGACACACAGGACACGAUGAUGGACAGUGCCUUGCGUACCAUCUCCUACAUCGCCGACAUUGGCAGUAUUGUGGUUCUGAUGGCACGGAGGCGCAUGUCUCAGGCCUCAUCGGAGGAUUUCGCUGAAUCUCCCGACUCUGCCAGCGAAGGGAAGAGUCAGUACAGGAUGAUCUGCUAUGUCUUUGAAUCAGAGGAUGCGCAGCUCAUUGCACAGUCCAUCGGUCAGGCCUUUAGCGUGGCCUACAGAGAAUUCCUGCGAGCCAAUGGCAUCAACCCCACCGACUUGAGCCAGAAACAAUACAGUGACAUCAUCAACUCCCAGGAAAUGUACCACGAUGACCUCGUCCAUUUCUCAAACUCAGACAACUGUAAAGAGCUGUACGUGGAGAAGCAGAAAGGGGAGAGCCUCGGUGUGGUGAUCGUGGAGUCCGGUUGGGGCUCCAUUCUGCCCACCGUCAUCCUGGCCAGUAUGCUGAACAGCGGCCCUGCAGCCCGCUCUGGAAAACUCAGCGUUGGGGACCAGAUCAUGUCCAUCAACGACACCAGCCUGGUGGGGCUGCCACUAGCCACCUGUCAGGGCAUCAUCAAGGGUCUGAAGAAUCAAGUAAAGGUAAAACUGAGUAUUGUGAGCUGCCCCCCUGUCACCACUGUCCUCAUCAAGAGACCUGAUCUCAAGUUCCAACUUGGUUUCAGCGUGCAGAAUGGCAUUAUCUGCAGUCUGAUGCGAGGAGGCAUAGCCGAGCGAGGCGGUGUUCGUGUUGGACACAGAAUCAUUGAAAUAAACGGUCAGAGUGUUGUUGCCAUGGCACAUGAGAAGAUUGUCCAAACCCUGUCUGUCUCAGUGGGUGAGAUCAACAUGAAGACGAUGCCUGCUGUGAUGUUCAGACUGCUGACAGGACAGGAGACGCCUAUCUACAUAUAG